UGUGGGUAGGCGGAAAAAGGCUCCAAAAGGUUUGCGAAAGCGACAAGCGCACGUUGCAGAGUCGCUCAAGAAGAAGAAGAAAAAACAACAAAGAAAUCAGUUUUCACCACAGAAUCAAGGAAGAAGACGGCUGAAAAAUGUCCAUCGGUGUACCAAUCAAGGUCCUGCACGAGGCAGAGGGACACAUUGUGACCUGUGAGACCAACACUGGAGAGGUGUACAGGGGCAAACUAAUUGAGGCUGAGGACAACAUGAACUGCCAGAUGUCCAACAUAACAGUGACUUACCGUGAUGGCCGGGUGGCACAGUUGGAGCAAGUCUACAUCCGUGGCAGCAAGAUCCGCUUCCUGAUCCUACCUGACAUGUUAAAAAAUGCUCCAAUGUUAAAGAGUAUGAAGAACAAGAACCAGGGAUCCGGUGCAGGAAGGGGCAAAGCAGCUAUUCUCAAAGCACAAGUGGCUGCAAGGGGUCGGGGCCGUGGUGGAAUGGGAAGAGGCAACAUCUUCCAGAAGAGACGAUAACUGCUCCAACUGCGUUAAGAUUGUUGCAUUGUAUAGUCUUCUGUUCUUUUUUUUUUAAUUUUGUCUUCUUCUAAUUGGAUAUCUUGGGUAUUGUUUGCAAUCCUACGUUUUGCAUCUUAUUGCUAUUGAUUUCAUUUUUUAUGAAAAUAAACAUAUUUCGAUUUGA